AUGGGGGAGUUUAGGGUUGACCACGGAGUAGCAUCUUGGCCAGACAGCAUAGGGGCAGCUAGCCUGCAUCUCUCAGGAUUCGGCAUAUUGUUGUUGCAAAACAAGAUACCGCUAUUUUACAUCACAGUACUUUCCAUCGGCUGUUGUGGAGGAGGAGCCAUAGCUGGCGCGUUCAGCCCAAACAUUGCUUGGAUGUCAGUCGCGGUUGGAGGACUUUAUGGUUUCUUCCGAGAUACACUGGGAUCAUAUGACAACCUCUACGUCAUGCUGGGUGCCAUUAAUCUCCUCGCAGCAGCAAUGCUCUCAGUUCUCGUUUGCCGAGACUGUACUCGCCGGAAGUCCAAGUGGACUCCUCAGAACUGGAACCAACCGUAGCGUGGAAUUGCGGAACAUAAAAAAGACGUGGUGCUGGUUUCAGCUCCUUACAUAUUGGAGGGGCGGGGGAGUAGUUCUGCUUAAUGAGAAGCCGUGGUAUCUGUAGCUUCUCCGGCACUGGUUUGGAUGGAAAGAAAUACAGCGAGGUUAAACAAUUUUGCAAGCGUAUUAUUUCUGUGAUCUGCGCAUCCGAAUGGGUUUAUCACUAUUUACGCGAAAUGCUCAGCUUUCUAGCUGCGUACCCCGAUUCCUUGUAAUCAGUUUUUCAGGUACAGCCGCCCAUUUUUUUUUCACCUGAACGUGGGAGCGUCGACCAUCGAGUUGAUAAGUGCCCUACAACAGAAAACAGCGGCGAAAUGAACGAGAAUGUGCGCAUGCGCGCUAUGAGCAGUCCUGUGCCACUGCCGUCAGCUAGGUUUGACCGGGAACCGUACACAGCCCCUGUGCUGUCCUGUACUUGGUAUAUAGAAGAAUUGGCUUUAGUGGGUAUGAGUGCAUGACGAACAUGAGUGCCAGGUCAUGACAUAAGUAGCAUGUGUGCCGCGUUCGUGAUGAAACCAUU